AUGCAGUCCUUGGGUCGAAAGCCCCUGUGGCUGGCACUGUCAGCCUCCUGUCUCCUUCUCAUCCUUCUGGAGAUCUUUCCGCUUCUGCGCCCAGCAGUGCCCCCCCAGCCUGGCCCGGGAUCCCCCCAUGGCUGGCCCCGCUGGCAGGAUGCUGAACUCUUGCAGAGUUUCUUCCAGCCUGAGGAACUCUUGGAAACCGCCCUUCCACCUCAAGCCCCCACUGGAGGCAGCUGCUACCGGGGAGCCUGCUUUGAUGCCCACAAGUGCAGGGCAGAUGGGUUCAAGGUGUUCGCGUACCCAGUGGUGGGAUCCACCUCGGAGGCUCAUCGCAGGAUCCUGGCUUCCCUGGAGGGCUUACCCUACUAUACGUGGAGCCCAGCCGAGGCCUGCCUUCUGCUCUUCCUCCCCGGCCCUGAGGGGUGCAGCCAGGUGCCUCCGCAGUGGAACGAGGGCAAGAACCACAUGGUCCUCACUCUCCAUCCAGCCUCCUGCCCACGUAGCUUCCAGCUGGGACAGGCAAUGGUGGCGGAGGCCACCCCCACAGUGGAUACCUUCCGACCUGGCUUCGAUGUGGCCCUCCCUCACCUCCCUGAAGCCCACCCAUUGCGAGGUGGGGCUCCUGGGCAGCUGCGGCAGCACAGCCCCCACCCUGGGGCUGCCCUGUUAGCCCUGGCUGGGGAGAGGGGCAGGUGGUGCAUCGCAAGGGCCAACUCCUCUGCCGGUUCCUGGGAUGGGAGCUGUGAUCAGGACCCUGGAAGCGAGCAGAGCCAGCCUAGGGAGAUGCUGCCCAAUGCCACCUUCUGCCUCAUCCCUGGCCAACUUCCUGACGCCUGGCGCUUUCUCCAAGCUCUACAGGCUGGCUGUAUCCCUGUGUUGCUCAGCCCACGCUGGGAGCUUCCCUUCUCUGAGGUCAUCGACUGGACGAAGGCAUCCAUCGUAGUGGAUGAGAGGCAAGCCCUACAGGUCCUGGCUGCCCUCCGGGAGAUGCCCCCUGCACGGGUCCUCGCCCUGCGGCAGCAGACCCAGUUUCUGUGGGCAGCCUACUUUUCCUCCGUGGAGAAGGUCGUGCACACGGCUCUGGAGAUUCUGCGGGCUCGCAUCUUUGGAGCUUCUGUGCAUGACUGGUUGCUGUGGAAUAACCCCCCAGGGGCACUCCUGGCCCUGCCCACCUUUUCCAUGAGCCCCCGGGACUUCCCCUUCUACCACCUGCAGCAGGGUUCCCGCCCUGAGAGCAGCUUCAGUGCCCUGAUCUGGGUUGGAUCCCUCAGCCAGCCACCUCUGAAGCUCAUUCACACAGUAGCAGAGUCCCAGCACUGCGCCCAGAUCUUGAUUCUCUGGAGCAGUGCGAGACCAUUGCCAACCAGGUGGCCAGACACAGCAGUGCCUGUGACCGUCAUUGAUGGGCUUAGGAAGGCCAGCGCCCGCUUCCUCCCGUACAGCACCAUCAGCACCGACGCUGUCCUCAGCCUGGACGCCCAGAGCAGCGUCUCCACAAGUGAGGUGGACUUUGCCUUCGGGGUGUGGCAGAGCUUUCCAGAGCGGAUGGUGGGCUUUGUGACACAUAGCCACUUCUGGAACGAAGCCGGGGGUGGCUGGAGCCACACUGCUGAGAGGGCCAAUGAGUUUUCCAUGGUUCUCACCACAGCCACCUUCUACCACCGGUACUACCAUACCCUCUUCACUCACUCCCUGCCCGAGUCACUGAGGACCCUGGCAGAUGAGUCACCUGCGUGCUUGGACAUCCUGAUGAAUUUCCUAGUGGCAGCUGUCACCAAGCUGCCCCCUAUCAAAGUGCCCCAUGCCAGGUGGCACCAGGAAGCUGAGCUGUCGGCACCGGGGGGCUCAGGGCCUGGACCAGAGUCGCAGCCUUCAGCCCGGGACUGCAUCAACCAGGUGGUUGCAUGGUUUGGCGACAUGCCCCUGGUAUCAUCUCGCCUGCGGCUAGACCCAGUGCUGUUCAAAGACCCAGUGUCGGUGCAACGCAAGAAGUACCGCAGUCUGGAGAAGUCCUAG